AUGGAUGGAGACUCGACUCAUUACAUGCCAGGGGCUUCAUUCGAGCACCUUGUCGCGUUGACGCCUACGCAGCCUAGGGUGGUCGGGACGCGAUCGUCACAGGUUCUAGAGCUCCCCAAGCUUUCGAAGGGCGAGGCGAGGGUGGGAUGGACCCAUCGAUAUGUGCACAAUCGCCGCCAAGCGGGGGCGCUUGCCCUGUACGGGCUGUUAUGCGGCUUAUCGUUCUGGUGGAAGUGCUCGCUGUUUCCAUGGGAGCCUUUGGUGGGGUACGGCAUGUGCAUCGCCAAAGGCAGCGCCCAGGUGGUCGUCGUAAAUUGCUGUGUGGCCCUACUGCUCCUCAGCCGAUCCAUUCUUCAUUUCAUCAAGGCCAAACCCUUCCUCUGGCGGAUCUUCCCUCUCGAAGAUCACAUGGUCCUCCACAAGAUCUCCGGUGGAGUCAUGUGUCUGUCUGCGUUGGUCCAUACUUCUGCGCACGUUGCGAACCUCGUCAAUACGUACUCGGCCGACCCCACCGAGCUCCAGUCGUCGUAUUACGUUCGCCACAUCCCUCUGUUUCUUGUGGGAUUGCCCCCCUUCGGCAACGUGGUCCGAGCCAUUCCCAUGUGGACAGGAAUCGUCCUGCUAGUCCUCCUGUUCAUUGCGCUACCCCCCACGCUCCUUCCAAGCGUCCGGCGGCGAUUCCACAAUGUAUUUUGGUGCACCCAUCUCUUCCUCAUACCAUUUUUGAUCGUGACGUGCUUCCAUGGAGCCACGGGGUGGUUUCAAAUGCCCCAAGCGUUCCUGUGGAUUGUGCCCCCGCUGGUCUUGUACGUUUUGGAGCGGCGACUGCGAUACUUCAAGCGGUGGACAACCCCCGUCUUGAUCCACGAGGCCAAGAUCUUUCCCGACGCAAUCGCGCUGGACCUCAUCAAGCCGCCAGAGUUCUCCUUUGUGCCUGGGAUGUUUGUUUACCUCAACGUGCCUGUUCUUGGGCGCCAUGAAUGGCAUCCGUUCUCGAUCUCGUCGGCGCCGGACGACCCGCAUUUGAGCUUUCGCAUCCAAGCGGUGGGCGAUUGGACAAUUGCCUUACUCCAGCGUUUGCAAGUGGCCUCCUUUCUGGACGAACCAUGGCCACUCGUUCACUUGGACGGGCCAGUGGGCGGGCCCACAGUCGAAUGCCGUCGAUUUCAAGUCGUGGUGCUGAUCGGAGGCGGGUCGGGGGUAACGCCGUUUGUGUCUGUUGUCCGCGACUUCUUGAAUUGUCCGCCGUUGGAGGAUGGCACGAAAAAGAUGUAUUUUCACUGGGUCACGCGGCACGAGAGCGCUUUGGAGUGGUUUGACACAACGCUGCGCGAUCUAAAUGCGCAUGGCCAUCCUCGCUUGGACGCGCGUCUGUACGUAACCCAACCGAACAACGAGGUGGAGCAAGCCGCGCACCACCACCAGUUUCGAAACGAACGGCCAAGGUGGGUGCCGAUUUUUGACGAGCUCGAGCGCGACCACCCGGAGGCAACGGUGGGGGUGUUUUACUGUGGGCCACACGCGCUCGAAGUGGAGCUCCGGGCAAUCUGUCGCGCCCGGCACAAGGCGACAUUCUACUUUUACGCCGAAUCGUACUAUUGA